UGAGGAGGGGCAGGAGAGAAACCAAACCUUUUCUCUAUCCUCUUUCUCUUCCUUUUGCCCCCGAAUCUACCAACAUUCAGGCGCAAGGAUGCCAGGCCAGAACGUGACAUCCCUCUGAGGCAGGUGUCGCUUCCUCUUGCCUUUAGAAACCAAGUGUCUCUACGUGACGCCCAGAGAAUGCCAAUCCACGUGAGGGACCUUCUCUCGCUCCCACCAGCCCCUGGGCACACCCCUCUUUGGCACGGUCGGUUGGAUCGCUCACGCUCCAUCUAUCCCUCGCUCUCCAAAACAAGCCGGACUUGUUUGCUGCCAGCCCUCGCCCGUGUGUAUGGAGGGGUUGUGUUUUUUUAAAGUACAGCUGUCUAAAAACUGAAUGACAAAUGUGGGCGAGGCCCAGUGGGGCAGGGCCACAAAUAGGGACAGGAGGCAUCUUUCUGAUCAAGUCUCCUGGUGGCGUUUUGGUGUGCGAGACCCAGAAGGAGGAAGGACAACCCGUGGGAAGCAUGCUUUUCUCUGGGAUACUCUUGGUGAUGGGAAUCGGCAUCACAGCUGAAAAAGUGUCGGUAGGAUAUACGCCUCGCCUCACUUCCAAGGACCUGGCCGGGAAAAUCACUUCCUCCACCUUCACUUUGGAACAACCCCGUUGCGUCUUCAACAAGUUUGUCACUGCCACGGAUGAGAUAUGGCUGCUGGUCGCCCGCAGCAGCGCGGCAGAAAACUGCGCCAUCCUCAGAUCCCCUGAGGAGCUGCCCUAUCAGUCGUUCGAGAACAAUUCCUGUUACAUGACCCUGGGCACUGCCCCAGCAAACUACCCCUGCCCAGCGGAAGAAAGCAGCAAGCUCACUGUCUUGCGAGUGGGGAACGAAGUCGACUGCAAGACGGAUCCCGCCAGGCCAGAUUGCAACGGCCCCCUGCCUGAGCCAGGACCCUACAGAGUGAAGUUUCUGGCCUUUAAUUCCGGAGGCCCCAUAGCAGAGUCGAGAUGGUCGGAUCCCAUCACGCUGAUCCAAGGGAAGGAUCCCGAGACGAUCGACACAUCCCCUGAGCGGCGGAGCGCAGGAAUGAUUGCCAUCGCCACUAUCCUCUCCAUCCUGUCUGCCAUCCUGCUGGCUGCCCUCAUUGCUGCCUUGGUCUAUAAAUAUUCGGACGUCUGCGGCAGCGCCGAGAUUGUCACCGUGAGGGAUACAGCAACAAUCACCCGCUACACCACCCACCAUAUAUAUGACCAGCCGGGCCGAAACUUGUGAGGCCCUCUGUUUCGGGACGAUCUGUCGACGGUAUCCAUCUUCCCUUUCCCCUCCCGAUGUGGCUGCCUCAAUCCCUUAGACUCUCUCAAGGAGCUCCGCUGAGACAUUUGGCCUCUGGACGUACAUCCCAUUCCUGAGUCCCUCUUGGAGGAGCUCAGAGGAGUUGGCGGAGUGGAGGGAAGAGGAAAAUCUGAGCGAUCAUCUGUGAAUUACACACUUUGGGAUGUUUUCUUCCCUGAAGAUGGAUUUUGGCGGCACCUUCUGCUCAAAGGAGAAACUGGUGCUACAGUGGUUUUGUCUUAACACAUUGAAAUAAUUCCAUAUGUAAACAGCAGCAGAUUUACACUGUUCCCAAUGAACGAAUAAGUUUCCACCAUCUGGGGGCAGCCUCAUUUUAAAAGAUGGGGGGGCGGGGGCAGGGACAGAGCUUUUGGGGUUGCUGUUUUUCCAAUUAAGCAUCAUAGAUGUGGUUGCGGGCAGAGUAAUUCACCAAAGAUACAGGAGAGAAGCUUCAGGGCCAGGGUGCCCCUCAAUUAAAGACGUCUUUGUUUGAUGAA